UACCUUGACAGUACACAAUUAACAACAUUUUGCCAGAUGUACAGCAAGAUUGCAAUGGCAAAAUAUGGAUGAUCAAAAUCGAAGAGCUUGUUGUAUCUUUCUCCACAAUGUCAAACGUUGUGCUUACUGCACUCUUCGCGCAACAUACCUAAUUCAGAUGGACACCGCUUAAACUGACUGAAAGUGGACUUCAGACACAAUAGGCUUCCUUGGGCCCCUCCAGUUAGCAAUAAGGACCUUUGAACGCUGAGCCUUUUGACCAUACACACACACUGAGCAAACACUAAGAUGUUAGCACACACUGCACCUAACUGAUUGCACUGUGCCUUGGUGACUGUAUGUCAAUGUGUCUACAUUUGUAUGGAUUCAAUACAAUGCUCCCACUAACUGCGUUAGCUGUAAAAUACCAACAUGACACCAUCAUUUGCGUAACUCGCCUUGACAUCUUACUCUUCGCUAAUAAGUAAUAAGUAUAAUCUUAGUCACGGCAUCAAUUUAACCCAUACCAAAACACGUAUAGUAUAUCCUAAGAGGAAAUGACCACUGCACUAAUGGCCAGCAUAUUGGCCACUGUUGUGUCAAAGCCUGCUUAAUGCAAUAGUUUGACAGAUGCAUGAGAAGUGAGGUUGUCAUUUUAAGGGACUUUCCCCUCAUGUUUGACCAUGCUCCACAUUUCGUAAAUAUUUGAAUUCCCAGAUAAGAGUCUAACGUUAGCAUGGGAAUGGAGCUAUAGGCUUUAUUGCAGACAGAGUUAUCACCAAAGGUGACUUUCCUAUCAGUGGCGUUAACCCCAGUCUGCACACACAGGUGGAUGUUUACCGUAGUGUAGACUCUCCACAUGACUGGAAGGAUCGCUACAGAGUGUACGGUGACAUGGUCUCACUAGAAAUCUGGGCUCUAAGCGCAGGUUUACUACCUGUAAUGGAGUGAAAUUGUGAUUAUGUUUGUUUGAUCGAUUUUCUGGAUGAGGAAUAUGGACAGGAUCAUUGUUACCUUGAAGGGAUUGCCUCUGGCCAUUCCAAAUAGUCACGCAACACAGCCACAGCCAUAAAAUGAAUGAUUCUCUAAAAUGGAGAUUUCAUGUUUUCUUAUGGAAUUCCUCAUGACAUCAUUUAAACCAACUCAGUGCUUGGAGCUUUACUGGAAGUAACCUUGUCUGCUGAGCUGGACAACUGGCUGCACCAACGACUAGUCCAGGACACGGUCCCGCUACUUGACCGAUGUUCUGCUCUGAGGAGGUUGUGAAAUGGGAAAUCUAGGUUACUGAUGGCUAAAGGACAAGAGGUGGAAUGACGGAAAGACGGACCGGGAGGAUGACCCGAGAAUGAGCUGUGUUGAAUGUCACUGACUGACUGGCAUGCCGAUGGGCAAUAUAAUGGUCAAUAGAACUAAUGAGGAAAACCGCUUGAGAAGGGUCAUAAAAUGGGUUGCACUUUGACUGCAAAAUAACCACCCACACAUAAGGCAGUACAACAACGUCCGGCCCCUCCAUUCUUCCAUCCCGCUCUCCCUCCUCUCUCUGUGUGUGUGGUCAUGGCUGACCCAUCGCCUGGCUGGUGGAAGCUCACCUUCCUACGUAAGAAGAAGUCGGAGCCCAAGGUUCUGUACGAGAUCCCAGCGGAGUACGGCAGCAAUACCACACCCCACGGUGGAGCGCCCGGGCCAGUAGAGGGCGCCACAGAGGACAGCCAGUUGAACGCCCGUCUGGAGAGGAUAGUGGAUAAGACCACCACCAAGGGACGCCAUGUCAAAGUGUCCCACUCAGGACGUUUUAAAGAGAAGAAGAAGGUCAGGGCCACGUUAGCAGAAACCCCCGAUCUGUUCCCUGGUCACGAGCCUAGCAACGAGAACCUCUGAUCUGGGAAACAAAGUUCACACACACAUGCAUACACACCAAAAAUGAAUGGCUUUCUCUAUUAAACUCAUUCAUGCACACUCAAACACAGAAGACGUUCUCUGCCUCUCCCUCAUUGGUCACACCAUUUCACACGGUGCCCUCUAUCACACUCAGUAACACACACAGAGAUGAAGGGCAGUGCAUCCCAUUGGGACAUGUCAUCUGUGUCAAUCCAGCCAGAGAUCUCUGUUCUUUAUUCCCUAUAAAUGUGGGACUGACUGGGAGUCUUUGUAUGCAUCUUAGUAUCACACUCUCUGUCUCUUCCAUCUAUAAUCAGUGGAGCAGUGGAAGAAUGGGACACCUGAUUCUCCCCUGUCUGUCUGCUUCAUACCUAGGCCAUGUUUACAUAAACAGACUACCUUUAAUGAGGUGCUAUUAGUCAUCUUUGAUUUUAAAUAUUCAACAGAUCACAGGAACAGGGAGGAGUUUCAGGGCAUGCAUAUUACACUGUACAGUCAUUGUACGGUACAGAAUGUGUACUUUACUGUUGUUGCUAAGUUUGUCAUCUGUACAAAGCAAAUAGGUAACGUAUGAAACAGAAGUUUGCAUAACAGCUUUAUGACCUAGAGGAGAUGGUUACCGACUGUUGGAGGUUGACUGGUUUCCAUAGCGACAGACUGUGUCACGUGUCAUUCAUAAACAUGUCACCUCAAAAAUCAAUUGUUCUAAAAUCAAUUGUUCUAAAACUAACCUGAGUUUUAAAACCUGAGUAUAUUUUGUUCUGUUUUUUUUUUUUUAAAAGCUUUUUUAAAAAUACCGGUAGGCUUCUCUAUCCCUUUAGAAUUUAACCUCAAACUAGACAAACGUUUGAGUUUUUCUUUGAGUUGCACUUUCUAAUGUAAAAGUCAAGGACUGCUUCAUAGAUAGACUGCAAGGUUUCAACACAAGUUCUAUGCACUUCUCCAGUGUUUCUUCAGUAUUUGCAGCAGUCUUUUCAAGAUAUUGGCAGACACUGAAGACAAACCCCACUUGCUGUUUUUUUUCUGGUUCAAUGAAAGUCAAUGAAGUACUGUAAGUGGACCAGACCUAGCUGCUAUUGCAUUGGUGGCUAUGGGAGACACACGCAGUUAAGUAGACCGGAACUGACUAUUUAUUUUCAAUGGUAAAAGGCCUGAGUGAACUAUCUUCAUUUAUCCACCAUCUUUGCUAAAACGACACAUGAGAUCCCUCCUCAACAAAGACUGAAAAAGUAUCUUCCAUUUCAUUUUCACCUUCUACACUUAAUGACAAAAAUCCCUUUCGUUGAAAUUGUGCUGUACAUUUGGAAUAAUUUUGUAAAAUAAAUACAGACUUGUUUUAUAAAUAAAAUAUAUAUCGGAUUUUA